AUGCCCCCAAAGACCUCCAAGCCCAAGACCCCCCGGCAGACGAAACUCAACUUUGGCGCAGCUACCAUCGGGUCCGAUUCCAAGUCUUCGACCAAGAAGGCUGUCAAGAGCAAUGGCAACAUACUCAACUUCUUCAAGAAGAUCGAGGUAGAGGAGCAGUUGUUUAUGGAACAAGGCCCCGCUUACACGAAUGCCCUCUCGAUCGUCGAGUCAAAAACCAAAGUGAAGGAGGAGGACGACAUUGACGAACUCUUUGAAGAGGCAGCGGAAGAGGAUGGCGAUUCUCCGUCAAGGUUCAAUGAAGAUCCGGGUUCAUCCAAGAGGCGGAAACUGAGCCACAAUGGCGUCAAUGGAAACGGCGAACUUCAUAAUGGCCAUUUGGAAGAGGAGCGAGAGGUGGUUAAAAUAGAAACACUGCCCGAACCAACCAAAUCAAAACCAAGCAAGAAAUCACGAAAAGGCCCGUUUCUGGACGACUCGGAUGACGAAGACAAUGUCCCGAUGCCCAGUUCUCCUUCAAGGCAAGACACGAAAGGAGAACCCCCUGAUGACGUUGUACUAAACGGAGCCACGAAAGCAGACCUGCCCCCGGUGCGCCCUGAACUUCUCAGAGAUGAAAGCUGCUCAGUCCGACCCUUGACUCCCGGCCUCCAACAGGAAGACUCGACGUACGAAGACUUUAAAACUAUAGAAGAGAUGGACGAUGGCUUUGAUGAGGAAUUCGACAAUGCAGAGGAGGGAGAGGAGUUUCGCUACAUGCGCUAUAUGCGAGAACAAGCUCGGCUCGAGGCUGAGGAAGCAGGACUUGCUCCCGAUGACGAACUCGAUGAUCCAGCCCCCAAUGAUGGCAUGGUAGAGAGCUGCCCUAUUUGCAACGCGAGCUUAUUUGGAAUAACCCCGGACCAAGCAACGACACAUGUCAACGCUUGUUUAGAUGGCAACCCUAUGCCGGUACCGGCGCCAGCACCUGCGCAUUUGAAGAAGCAACCCUCUGAAGAUAUACCAAACACAGUGGACGCGCCCGAGAUAAGCAAACGUUUUGCAAAAGCCGCUGUGCCGAGACCUGGGCAAUCCAACCCAAUCAGCCUCGGUGGAGGCGAAAGCUCGAGUACAGCAAAGACAGGCUCUGCUUUUAGCAAGCUAAUGUCGGGUCAUGCUGAAGAUUCGGCAUGGGCGUCGGCUGCUGCUGCUGAAAAUGCUUCUAGAGGAAAGCCCGCGUACGAACGAACCUGUCCCUUCUAUAAAAUCAUGCCUGGUUUCUUUAUAUGUGUCGACGCCUUUCGCUAUGGCGCUGUCAAAGGCUGCAAUGCCUACUUUCUGAGUCAUUUUCACAGUGAUCAUUACGUGGGAUUGACCCGAAACUGGUCCCACGGGCCGAUAUACUGCAGUAAAGUGACGGGAAGCUUGGUGAAAUCGCAACUUGGGACAGCUGCCCGUUGGGUGAAAGAGAUUGAGUUUGAGGAGACUGUCGAGAUUCCCGGCACAGAAGGGGUGACAGUCACAAUGCUGCCGGCAAACCAUUGUCCUGGAAGUUCACUGUUUCUGUUUCAAAAGCCCAUGGGGAAAGGUCCUUCUGCCCGGAAACAACGUAUACUCCAUUGUGGUGAUUUUCGUGCCUGCCCAGCUCAAGUUGCCCAUCCCCUACUGAAGCCAGAUACCAUAGACUCAAUAUCUGGCAAAGCGAAACAGCAAAAGAUAGACAUUUGCUAUCUCGACACGACAUAUCUCAACCCAAGGUACUCUUUUCCGCCCCAGGAAGACGUCAUCAACGCUUGCGCUGAGUUUUGCAAAACUAUUUCUGGCGAUCCAAACGCCGUCGACGACGCUUACGAUGCGCUGAAGCGAGAGAAGGGCACAGAGUCAGUAAGCAAAUUUUUCACCAAGGAGCCGUCAAAGGACGAGUCCGAGGAGAGUACCACCAAUUCUCCAAGACAAAAGCAUCGCCUGUUGAUCAUCUGUGGCACUUACUCCAUUGGAAAGGAGCGCAUUUGCAAAGCCAUUGCCCAGGCUUUGAACACGAAAAUUUUUGCGUCACCUUCCAAGAUCCGGCUGUGCAAACAGCUCGGCGAUCCAGAGCUCUCGGCACUCAUGACGAGUGACCCACGCGAGGGCCAAGUCCACAUGCAGAUGCUCAUGGAGAUACGCGCCGAGACAUUGCAAGAGUACCUCAACACGUACAAGCCGCACUUUAGCCGCAUCAUUGGUUUCCGGCCCUCGGGAUGGAACUUUCGGAACCCGUCCAGCACGGCCAAGAGCGUCAACGCCAACCUGAGCCCGAGCUCGGUGCCCACGACGCAGAUCUUGCACGGGCCGGCGUGGCGGACGAGGUUUGGUCCCCGCGACUUUGUGGCGCAGCGGGGCAGCACCCGCGAGGCCAUGUGCUUUGGUGUGCCGUACUCGGAGCACAGCAGUUUCCGCGAGUUGGCCCUCUUCACCAUGUCGCUGCGCAUCGAAAAGGUUGUCCCGACUGUCAAUGUGGGCAGCGAGCAGAGCCGCAAGCGGAUGAAGGCCUGGCUGGAUCGCUGGAUGAGCGAGAGGCGGCGCGGCGGUGUUGUGGGACUACUUUUGGACGAAGAGAAUGAGCCGGCUCAAGAUGCUCAUGGCAUGGAAAAGGCCGCAGUUGGUAAGAAGGGCAAGGAAGUUGCUCUCUGGGAGGGAAAAGAUGGACGCGGUGGCGGGGUCUAUUGGUGA